CAUACCUGGCAAUAAAACUGAGCAGCUUUAUACAGCUUUUUUCAGCUUGGUCCAAUGAUGAUCCACCAAAUAUUUGGUGGCAAUCGGAGCAAUAGUCUAGGAGGAGAAGUCAAACAGUCACUAUCUCACCUUUGUGUCGCUGCGCUUUGUUGAUCUGUUCCUAAGUACUGGAGGACUCUGGUUACUCUCAUCAUACUUUGUGUUUUACAGUUCAAUCCUGUAUCUCCACUGUCAGAGAGGGAUCCGUGGUACAACCCAGACCCGUCUGCAGAUGACAGAGCUCAUCUUCUGGUUUGUGUGCUUUCUGCUAACGCAGCAGAAAUUACAGACUCAAUUCUGGAGAAGAUGAAGGCCGUCAGAGAGGCAGCCAGUGACCUGGGGAUUCCCCAAAUGAUGAUAGUCACCAACAUCGACAGAGCCUGUGCUGAAACUGAGAAGGAUGUGAAGAACGUGUACAAGAGCAAGUAUCUGAAGAAGAAGAUGAUAGAAUUUCACAGAAGAGUGGGAAUCCCAGUGAACUGCAUCUUUCCUGUGAAGAACUACAGUGACGAGAUCGACCUGGAUCCUGACGUGGACGCUCUGAUCCUGAGCGCUCUGAGAACAAUGCUCGACUUUGGAGACGACUUCAUUGCCAAAAUGAAACAAUAAUAAAAUAAAUCAAUGUAUCAGGUGGUUUCACCUGUUGACAGUUUGCUUUGAUGGUUAAUGUCUGUAUCUGAUGAAGACUGGGAGUCCCUUGGUAACGUGUGUGUACAUGUAUUUAACGCCACACCUGCACUACAUUAAAAGUGCAAUGAGAUAACUUCUGUUGUGAAUUGGAGCUAAAUAUCACACUGAAAGAAAUAUAUAUAUAUAUAUACACACACACAUACCUGUUGGUGCCGAACUCCUUCAGCACCACGCUGGUUUCACUUUACAGACAGAUGGGUCAUGUUUACAAUGUAAAAUUCUAUUUUAUUAUGAACUGUGAUGGCAAUUCGAGUUUUCAAAUAAACAGCUCAGUCUU